GAGCUCAACAGUUAUUAGGUAACCAAAUUCAAAGUUGUUUUGUUUAGUAAAUACAAACAAAGCAAAAAUGAUGAAUUAGAUCACUCUCUCAUCAGAAAACUUUCUGAUGCAGACUGAAAAAAAUCCAGAUCCAAAUUAUCCUAAUUUGUUUAGGAAAAAUCUCCAGUUCUAAAUUUUCCAGAAAACCCACAUCACUGAUUAAGAUUAGUAUUUUGUGUGAUCACAAUAGAACAAUGGUUCCAAAGUUCUAGGUCUAGCACCACAGGUUUCCAUGGCAAUUGUGAUUUGGUUCCAAGAGGACCAAUUCUGCCCUCACAGUUCGCCAACUAUUGUUUCAUUUAAAGGUAGAACUAGAUGUGGAACCGCAUCAUGGCCAUAAGAUAUCCCAUGCUGUCCCAUCGUGUACAGAGGCUCGGCAGAGAUUGGGUUUGCCACUGGAAUGUUGCUCAGAGACUCUUCCGGGAUGGUCAAGCUUUCCAGCAUAUGAAGAGAACCGCAUCCUGUUUUGGGGCUUGUUACUCACCCUUGAACCCUUGGGAUUGCCCGGGGAGCUGUAGGCUUCCUCUGCUCUGGAGCACACAGUUUCCUAGCCUCGUACAAAACUCUUCCAUUCAUCUCUGUGCUACAAUGAAAGCUGAGGGAGAUGAGCCAUGUGUAAAGCGAAGAAGACAUAGUGGGGAUCAGGACAUUUGUCACAGCCCUAAUGAAAAACUGUGUACCUCACCUUCAGAUGAAACAUCCUGGUCUCCACCUCAACUUCAGUGUAAAGAAGAAAGCACUCCAGAACCAAGAGGUGUGGUCAAAAGACACUGGGAAUACUUUUGCCAGCAAAGUAAAAAAAUGAAGGUCCUUGAAGAGGAUAAGCCGAUCAACCAGGAUCAUCAAGACACACUGGAGAAGUUUGAUUUCACCGUAAUGUCGUAUAACAUCCUUUCCCAAGACUUGUUAGAAGACAACUCUCACCUGUAUAGACACUGCCAACGGCAUGUGCUAGCCUGGAACUAUCGCUUUCCCAACAUUCUUGCAGACAUCAAACGGCUGGAUGCAGAUGUACUUUGUUUGCAAGAGGUACAAGAAGACCACUACAAAAUAGAGAUCAAGCCAAGUUUGGAAGCCUUAGGCUAUCAUUGUGAGUACAAGAUGAGGACAGGAAGGAAGCCAGAUGGCUGCACCAUUUGCUUCAAGGCCUCCAAAUUCCAUCUCCUGUCUUCGAAUCCAGUGGAAUUCUUUCGGCGCAACAUCCCCCUCUUGGACAGAGAUAACGUGGGCCUGGUGGUUCUCUUGCAGCCUCUUUUUUCCUGCAAGGCUCCCUCAGCCGCCAUCUGCAUUGCCAACACACACCUGCUGUAUAACCCGAGGCGGGGGGACAUCAAGCUCACCCAGCUUGCCAUGCUGUUGGCAGAAAUUACCAGCGUGGCUAUGCAGGAAGACGGGCGUUUCUGCCCCCUCGUCAUCUGCGGGGACUUCAAUUCCGUCCCUCACUCUCCCCUGUACAAUUUCUUAAGGGAAGGCAAGCUGAAUUACGAAGGACUGGCAAUAGGGAAAGUGUCUGGUCAGGAACAGUCCCCACGGGGCAAUAGGAUACUCACUAUCCCCAUUUGGCCUCAAAGCCUCGGCAUUUCUCAGGACUGUAUGUAUGAGGAGCAACAGAAGCAGCUAGAAAAAGAAAGAGAGAGAAAAGAGACUAAAGAAGGAAGCUUGGAAAAUUCAGAAGAGGUCGUAACAGUGGCAAAACGGUCACCCACAUAUUUGCACCACAGUUUUCCCUUGUCUUCGGCCUACACUCAUUAUCUGCCAGACAGCGGAACCCCAGAAGUCACCACUUGCCACUCCAGGAGCGCAGUCACUGUGGAUUAUAUCUUCUAUUCUGCAGCCAAGGAGAACACAGCUGCAGAACCAGGCAAGUGACUCUAGAGCGAGAUAGGUGACUAAUGAUUGGCUAGGUGCUCACCCAGUCUGCACAAUGAGCAAAAAUUUCUAGUACAGUAGAGCCUCUUUAAAGCACCCACACAUAAACACACGUGGCUUUGUCGCUUCCAGAUGUUCUUUAUUCCACGUUCAUAAAAUGCUAAUACUAAGAGAAGGGACUUGAUUCGGACAGAAGACCUCUCUUGAUUUUCAGUGCUGACUGAACAAACAGCUCAGUCCACAGCUUAAUAUAGAAGCUGCCUGGCUAGCUCAGACAAGGCUGUAUUCUCUACCAGAAGAUUUAUCACCACUUAACUACCUGCAUUUGUAGCCUGCGCCAACAGAUCUUCUUUUCAUCAUUGUCUUUGUAAUGCUGACUUCCCUCCCUGCACAGUUCAGUUUCAGGCUUUCCAGUGGAUCACAAAUAAACCAGCCCAGCCUGUUCCUAUGCAUUUAACAUAAACUG